AUGCGGCAAAAGGUCUCAGAUGCGCUCGACACGUUAGAAAGUGAUGGAAUUAUUGAAAAAGUAUCAGAUGCCACUCCUUGGGUCAGUCCAUUAGUUGUUAUCCCAAAGAAAGAUGGUGAGAUCAGGCUAUGCAUUGAUAUGCGCAUGGCUAAUCAGGCAAUUCAACGCGAAAGACAUCCGACCCCAACUGUGGAUAAUUUAAUUCACAAAUUAAACGGCGCCACCAUAUUUACAAAGCUUGAUCUUCGCUCGGGAUACCACCAGUUAUCUCUCGCUGAGGAAAGUCGACACAUAACCACAUUUGUAACGCACAAAGGACUCUACCGCUAUAAGAAGUUGAAUUUUGGCACCAAUUCGGCAAGUGAAAUCUUCCAACAUGUAAUUAGCGAACAAAUCCGUGACAUUCCGAAUGCCAUCAACAUUAGUGAUGACAUAAUUAUCUUUGGCAUAACCCAAGCUGAGCAUGACAAAGCUCUUCAUGAAAUUUUUGAGCGGUUUUCACUCAUUGGAUUAACCUUCAACAAAGACAAAUGUGAGUUCAGUCAAUCGCAGCUCACAUUUUUUGGUUUUGUCUUCUCAGGUGAUGGCAUUUCACCGGAUCCAGCGAAGGUUUCAGCAAUUCACAACUGCCCACCUCCAAAUUCAAUUAAAGCUGUUCGGAGUUUCCUUGGGAUGGUGACGUAUUGUGCGAAAUUUAUCCCUAAUUUCAGUGAUCUCACAGAGCCUUUGCGAGAAUUAACGAGAAAAAAUGUGCCUUUUUGCUGGACAUCUAGGCAUGCUAAAUCCUUCAACGCAGUAAAAGCUGCCCUCACAAGUGCAACAGUUAUGGCAUAUUUUGAUCAAACCAAGGAAACAGAACUUAUCACUGAUGCAUCACCUUUUGGUCUCUCAGCUAUUCUGACACAGAAAGUCCCAGGAUCAGACCAACAAAAUGUUGUUGCAUAUAUCAGUCGUUCGCUGUCGGAUGUUGAGAGACGUUUACCUGUUAACAACACCACUGAUGACAGACAGUUCCAAACAAUGGCUGACAAUUAUGUUUGUUUCCUUACCCAACAUGCUGUGCCAAGAGCAAUGACUCUGCCUGAAAUACAACAAGCUACCAUGGCUGAUUCAACAUUACAGAUCCUAAGCAACCUCAUCACAACAGGUAAAUGGCAUUUAAUAGACUCUCUAGACGUACAAUCCAAUCCCAAUGUAAAGGUUUUGGACUUGAAAGCAUGUGAGAAAAUUAAAACAGAACUUACACUAAACGAGCAUGAUGGAAUUAUAUUACGAGGUUCGCUAAUUGUGCUUCCAGAAAGCCUUAGACUAAAGGCUGUUCAAAUUGCUCAUGAAGGCCACCAAGGGCUAGUAAAAACUAAACAGUUGUUGCGAGAAAAGGUUUGGUAUCCAGGUAUAGACAAGCUUGCUAAGCACACAGUUGAUACUUGUUUGUUAUGUCAGGCAAAUGGACCAAACAGUCACCAAGAACCACUGCGAAUGACGACGCUGCCUCCCCAACCCUGGCAUACAGUGAACAUUGAUUUUUGUGGACCAUUUCUAGGUGGUUCAUAUCUGUUAGUGAUUAUUGAUGCAUAUUCACGAUUUCCAGAGGUGGAAAUUGUAAGUUCAACAUCUGCAAAAUCAACAAUAUUGAAACUUGAACGAAUUUUUGCCACACAUGGUAUUCCAAAGGUGUUAAAGAGUGAUAACGGUCCACCAUUCCAGAGCCAUGAAUUUAGUCUGUACUUGAAAGAACUCGGCAUUAAACAUAAACCAAGCUCACCAUUAUGGCUCCAAGGAAAUGGACAAGCCGAGAACUUUAUGAAACCACUUGUAAAGGCUGUGAAAUCUGCCCAUCAUGAAAACAAAGACUGGAAACGUGAAAUGUUUAAAUUUUUGCUCAACUACAGAGCUACCCCACAUUCCACCACUGGCAAGUCACCGUCCGAGUUGCUAUACAACCGUAAGAUUCAAACAAAAUUACCUCAAGUGACAGUCGAAAAUGAUUCUUCACUUCAUCAAGAGGUGAAAGAGAGAGAUGAAAGGUUGAAAAAGAACCAAAAAGAAUAUGCUGAUUCCAAAAGAAGAGUUAAGUGUGCUGACAUCAAGAAAAGUGAUUUAGUUUUGGUGCGGCAACCGAAAGCAAAUAAAAUGUCCACAAAAUACGAUCCAAUACCAUAUGAAGUCACAAAUCGCCGUGGGAACAGAAUCACAGCAAUUAGGAAUGGGAAAUAUAUAACUCGGAACAUUUCGUUCUUUAAAAAGUAUCACCCCAGACAUGGCAGAUCGUUGGAGUCAACAGAGAUAAUGGAUGAAGAAAAUUAUUCCUCAGAUGAAGAUGUCCACGAAGAGCAUGAACAGUAUGAUGGACUGAGACAGAAGGAUUGUCCGCGGCAGAACAAUGGUCAGAGACAAGAUGAUGGUCCGAGAUAUCCGGCAAGAAAAAGACAGCGGGUGUACAGAUAUGGAAAUAACAUUUAUGAUUGA